AUGGCAGGGCAACACUCGUCACUCCCAACUUCCACUGUCCAAUGGACCGUGGACAAAUCUCGAGGAUCCUGGCUAGCCGCACUUGAGCUCCAGACCUCAGCUCCAAUCACUGAGCUCGGCCCCACGGACUGCCUAGUACAGUUUGAAGCGGCCUCCUUGAACUACCGAGAUGUCGCGAUGCUGCAAGGGAACUACCCCUUUGCUCUCAAAGCAGGGCUCGUCCCAGUGUCAGAUGGAGCAGGUGUCGUCAUUGCGACCGGCGAUCGUGUUGAGAAACUCAAGGUUGGAGACAAGGUCUGCACUUUAUUCCAUCAGCGAUGGCAGAGGGGACUCCUAACCCCGGAGAUUCGAGUCACCACCCUUGGAAACUUCUUUGACGGUGUUCUCCGCCAACACGCUGUGUUUCCAGAGGAUGGGCUUGUGCAUUUCCCGAGCUACCUGACCUCGAUACAGGCUGCCACACUCCCUUGCGCAGCGGUGACUGCGUGGAAUGCCCUCUUUGGCCUUGAGAGCAGGGCGCUGGAGAAGGGUCAAACCGUGCUCGUCCAGGGGACUGGAGGAGUUAGUCUCUUCGCGGCACAAUUCGCCCUGGGUAUUGGUGCGAAUGUCAUAGCGACCACGUCUUCCGAGGAGAAAGCGCAGAAAUUGAAGGAGAUCGGCGUCCAGUACGUGAUCAACUACAGAGAGACCCCGAACUGGGGAGAUGUCGCUAAGAAGCUGUCGCCUGGUGGAAAUGGGGUUGAGCAUAUUGUCGAGGUCGGAGGCAACGCAUCGAUGCAGCAGUCCUUCAAUGCGAUCAAGAUUGAGGGCGUUAUCUCUGUGAUUGGGUUCUUGGGUGGGAAGGAUGCGUCGAGUUCUUCGAGCUUCGGAGACUGUUUGGCUACCCUUUGUAUCCUUCGAGGGGUGAAUGUCGGCUCGAAGGAGCAAUUUCUCGCCAUGAAUGAGUUCCUGGCUGCUACAGGGAUAGCUCCCGUUGUCGAAGAGCGGCUGUUUGGGCUAGAAGAGGUGAAGGAGGCUUACCAGUUCCUGUGGGAUCAGAAACAGUGGGGCAAGGUGGUUAUCAAAAUAGAUUGA